UGGAAGAAGCUAAAGUAAUUUGCAAUUUUUGUUCAGCAUAUUCUUUCAUCCAUAUAGAGCCAAGGUAGGAAAGACGAGCGAUUCUUCUCCAAAACACAAGAUGACAACUAUUCCUUUCCUACCAUCAGAAGUAAUUUCAAAAAUAGUUUCGUUCUUACCUUUGCCAGAAGUGUGCAACUGUAUGUUAGUCUGUAAAGAAUGGAAGGAGCUUCUUUCUUCAGAGCAGUUCUGUAAACGCUAUGCUCUCAGACACUAUAACUUAACUGAUGAAGAGGAACCAGCUGGGCAUCUGAAUGUGUGGACUACUCCAGAUGAAUGGUUCUAUUACUGGGAUGAAAAUGCAGACCUAUCUAAUGUAUAUGUGUUCUCUGACCCUCCAAAGCGUUGGAAAUGUGGCAUUGUCCAUUUGGCCGAUUAUACGCUAGAGUCAGAUAAAGAGCUUAAGUAUAAAGAUCUUCUCAAGGCAUUGUACAUUUUGACUAGGAUACAGAUUGCCGCAGUGGAAUUGGACCUAGAUUGCCGAGCCUGGGGUAAUGAGGGCACAGGUGAGGUAGAAACGUGCUUGUUUCCCUGGAACAAAGACACCCUCCCUACUGCAAAGGAUAUUUUUACACUUUUUCACUUUAAUCCUGAGAUGCGUAACAACCCAUUGUUUGAUGAUAAAGAACCAGAGUCGGAGGAAGAAGACAACAUUGAAGAUGAAGAUUCCGAAGAAGGGCGUGGCCAUGUCAGCUGGAAUACUUUAGGAACAUCGUAUAGUGUUGAUCUAAAGAAGGCUAAUACUUUCUUUGAUUGGCUCAAACCAAUAUUCUCCACAAUGGUUCGAAUUGCCAUUGGUUGUGAUGCAAUGAAUCCAGUGCCGUGUUUUAUUCUGGCAAAACUUUCCCCAGGGUGGGUGGGAGGCGUGCUUACAUCUUUGGCUUUAACUUAGUUCAUUUUCCAAUACUUAGAAAUAACAUUAUUUCCAUUGGUUACAUGUAUCUGGAGCGUUUUUUGCUACUGUGUCAAAACUAGCCAUUGUUGAAGUAACUCAAAUGGAAAUGGUUGGGAGUUCUAUAAAGUAAACUUGUGAGUAAACCCAUUUUUGUAGGACGUUUUACACCUGAGUUUAUUUUGUAAUAAGAGGCAAGAAAGAACCAAGAAACAGCCUAUUGCAAACCACCAGACUAAACCUCAGGGCUUCUCUUCCAGCUGUCUUGGAAUGUUAAGAAUAAUUUUAUGUCUUGUGUUGCUGUGGAGAGAGAAUGGUCAGAAACUCUGCCAAGAAAUGUUAUGUCUAAAAGUAGCUCUGUUACUGUUGCUAUCCAUUGCAUAUAGUGUUUUGUGUUUUCAAAGUGAAGUAAUGUUUGCAGAGAAAAUUUGUGGAAUAAUUUUUUCAUAGAUCAUAAGA